AAACAACCAUCUUCUUACAACCUCACCUCUCCAUCCAACACCACCAAACUAUCAAUCAUGGAGCAAAGACAGCCCCAAGAACUAGAAGCACACCCGUUUCCCACGAAUCCAGAAGAAUUCGAUUCCGACGACCGGAUAUCCUUCUCGAAGCUCGACAACAAGUUCGUCCUGGUCCAGCCCGACGGUACCGAGUUCGAAUUCGACGACGCGAUCAAGCGCUGGAUCCCAGUCGUAGACGAGGCACUACUUGAGGAGCAACAGAAAGCUUAUGUUGUGGCGGGCGUCGACGAAGCUGAACCAGUGGAUGCGCUGAAGAGGAAAAGGAAGAAGGAAUACGUUAACGGUGAAGAUGAAGGAGGACGGGCGACUAAAGCCCCAAAGAAAGCGAAAGCUCCACUACCACCCCGCCCUAAUACCGCUGUCUACGUUACAGGUCUUCCGCACGAUGUCACAGUAGAAGAAGUACACGAGGUGUUCUCGCGCAAAUGCGGCGUCAUCGCGGAGGAAAUUGAUAGCGGAAAGCCGAGGAUAAAACUCUACACGGACGAGAAGGGCGAUUUCAAGGGUGACGCUUUGGUAGUCUUCUUCAAAGCUCCUUCGGUUCAGAUGGCCAUCACACUGCUAGACGACACGGAAUUCCGGUUUGGAGAUCGCUCGAGCGGUAGGAUGAGAGUUCAGGCUGCGGAGUCGAGUUACAAAAAAGUACAGCAUACGGACGGAGGCGAUCAGGCGGCGGAGAAGAAGAAGACGAGUAUGAAAGAUAAGCAGAAGAUCAUCAAGAAGACGCAGAAGUUGGAUGCCAGGUUAGCAGAUUGGAGUGACGACGAGCCAUCGAGUAUCGUGGAGACCAGUUCGAGGUGGGAUAAGGUUGUUAUCUUGAAACACAUGUUCACUCUGGAAGAGUUGGCUGAGGAUCCAGCUGCGAUACUGGAUAUCAAGGAGGACAUCAGAGAGGAAUGCAGCAAGCUUGGGGAGGUCACCAAUGUGGUGCUUUUCGACCUGGAGGAAGAGGGGAUUGCGAGUGUACGAUAUGCGAAUGCAGAGGCUGCGAAGGCGUGUAUCGGCGUUAUGGAUGGCAGGAGUUUUGCGGGCCAAAAAGUGGUGGCGUAUAUUUCGGAUGGGAAGGAGCAAUUCAAGAAGUCAAAGAAAAAGAUUGACGAGGACGAGGAUGCUGUUCCUGUAAAAUAGAUGGGAGACUUACUUUUCGAGGUGAUGGGAAAGGGGCGUAAGCGAGAAUACCAAUGUCACAAUACGAAGCAGCAAGCAGGCCAGUUGAGCAAGCACGAAAUAAUGAUA